GUGCACAUUCGCUAAUUUUGUAUUUAUACCCCUGAAGCUCCUAACCUCACUCCCUUUUCCCACUUUCUUUUUUCUUACUGUUCAGGUUUUCUCCCUUUCUCCUUUCCUCUCCGGCGGCGUUCUUAAUAAUCAAUCUCAGAUAUGGCAGCAACCGAAUCAGAUCUCGACGAUUUCCUCAAUCUCGAUUACGAACUUCGCUAUCCAACCCUUGCCGAGACGGAAGCAUUCAUGACCGGCGUUUGCUCCGCCGCUUUUCAAACUCUGUUACCGGAUGUGGUGGCUUCAUUUUCAACUUGUGGUGGACUAACAGACUCUCAAAAUCUUACUUCCAAACAUUCCACCAUCACUGCCACUAUUGAUUCUCAGUCAUCCAUUUAUGGCACUGUUGGAAGCCCAGUUUCAGUUUCAGCUAACAAACCAAACGGCAGAGAGAAUCAUACCAAAGGGACUACAAGUGGUUCCUCUGAGCCGUCUGAUGAGGAUGAUGAAACAGGUCCUUGUGAACAAAGCACAAAUCCACUUCAUAUGAAACGCCUUAGAAGAAAGGUUUCGAAUCGGGAUUCAGCCAGGAGGUCAAGGCAAAGAAAACAAGCUCAUUUGGCUGAACUCGAGUCUCAGGUUGAAAAACUGAAACUGGAAAAUGCAACCUUAUACAAGCAGUUUAGUGAUGCUAGUCAACAAUUUCAUGAUGCGGAUACAAAUAACCGAGUGUUAAAAUCAGAUGUAGAAGCUUUGAGAGCUAAGGUGAAGUUAGCUGAGGAUAUGGUCACUAGGAGCUCUUUUAACACAACAUUAAACAACCAGUUUCUUCAUAAUCAGUGUCAAUUGAACACACCACCACAACUCAACUCGGCUACAAUGCGCCGCAUGUCACAUGUUGCGCCAACCAUCAAUGUCCAGCAGGGAAAUGGUAUCUCAUAUGGCGGUGAACACAAUUCAAAUCUUGUUGGGUUUGGAAACUUGGACAUGACUUACAACGAUGUCGUCGACAAUGGAGUUUUAAGCAAUGCUUUGAGCUGUGUGACUAUCUGGCCAUAAAGGUUUCACCUGAUCAUCACUUGAUCCAACUUUAUAUGCCGUGUAUUUUCUAUUUUAUUAGUAGAUUAAGUUAUUGUCUUAAGGUAGGUCUCUCUUUAAUUAUUAUGGUAAUCAAAAUAGUGUGUUUUCAUGUUGUAUUUUGUAUAAAAAGGACUUGAACUUGAUUACUAUGUGCAUUUUUCUGAUAGUAAUUCAUUGUGAGAAAAAUGAACUCUCACUUUGUCAUAUUAUUCAAUAGAUCUCUCAA